AUGAAGAAGCUUUUCACCUUCUGGAGAAGGAGCGAUGGGCCCCACAGCCCUGGCUACAGCCUUCGCGAUAGGGAUUUAAAGACUCUUCAUAAAGCUGCGGCCCUGGGGGAUCUGGACAAGGUGAAGGAGUACCUGCUGCUCGGGAAGCAUGAUGUGAACGCUCCGGACAGAAAGUACAGGACACCUUUGCACCUGGCCUGUGCUUUUGGAUGUUCAAAUGUUGUGUCUUUCUUAAUUGAGAAACAAUGCAAAAUAAACGUCUUUGAUAGUGAAAACAAAUCUCCAUUGAUUAAGGCAGUACAGUGUAAAAACGAGACUUGUGCUGCUAUGCUUCUAGACCAAGGUGCAGACCCAAAUAUAAUGGAUUUAGAUGACAAUACUGCUCUUCAUUAUGCUGUCUAUGGCCAAAGUGUCGCAUUAGUAAAAAAACUGCUUGAAUACAAAGUUAAUCUUGAAGCACAAAAUAAGGAUGGAUGCACUCCACUUUUACUUGCUGUUACUGAAAACAAUGCAGAAAUAGUGAAGUUUCUUCUGAAGAGAGGAGCAGAUGCGAAUGCUUCAGAUCAGAAUCAAAGAACAGCCCUUAUGAUUGCUCUAAGUGAUGAACCAACAAAUUUGGUCAGUCUUCUUCUUCAGAAAGAAGUGGACCUAUCUUGCCAAGAUAUUAUGGAUUCACAGCUGAGGAAUAUGCUUCUUUUAAUGGUUUUACUAUGUAAGUGA